UCAGACCUUUUGGCCCGAACUAUCAAUGCCCUCGGGGGUCUCCAGGCUUUGAACGAUAUCAAAGGACUGACUUUGCAAUCUUCUGAUUAUAGAAGUACAACGCUGUCUCAAAGCUACAGUCUUGACAGUUCGGAUCAGCUAAUUGCAACCGGAGCGACAUCGACUAUUUCUUUCGACUUUUCAGACACUCUUAUCACCCAGCGAAUUGACCGGAACCUGACUUAUGACUAUUUCUGGGCUCAUGCACACCGGGAUGGAAAGUUGGACUACAGUCUUGUAGUCCAGACCGGUUCAAAUGGUUCGGCUUGCUUCAACGUCGGUGGCAGCGUCGAUGAUCCAUCGGUACCUUUUGGCUACGCUGAUACCUCCGGCGUUGAUUAUCCGACACUGUCACUUCCGAACGCGAAUCUGGCGUUGCUUGUCCAUAAUGAUACGGGGCUGCCUUACGCCAUUCGAUCGACGGAAACUCAUGAAAUCUAUGGUCCUUCAACUAAUGACGUCGUAUUCUCUAACUAUGCGUCGGUGUCUUUUGGCAAAUCGCAGACGUUUAAAUACCCUAACCGGAUACAAACGAUUUACAACGAAGUCUAUGUCCUCGAGGACUACACGAUUAGUCAAAUCAGCGCCAAUCCUCAGUUUCCAGAUGGCUACUUCAAAGCAGUACCGCCACCUCCACCUGCUGGUAGUCCCCCCGAUAACGUGGCUCAACUGCCUCGUACAGAUAACGAGUACCCUCGGUCAGAAGUUCACGAGUUUUACGAGACAGGGCUUUGGUUCGGACCCUUUGGCCAGCAAAACAAUGUCUCAUCUGUUGUCGCGAAACCCGUGUUUCCAGGUGGAAACGUACCACAGAUCGUCAACCUCUAUGUGGGAACUGUGCCUGACUAUGUGCAGCUCCUGGUCGAAUUCGAAGACGGACUUGUCAUCACUGAUGCCGCUCCCCAUAGAAGCAAAAUCAUUUUGCAAUGGGUUAAAGAGAAUUACCCCGGCAAGAGCAUUACGCACGUAGUCCCGUCGCAUCAUCACCGCGAUCACGCAGGUGGCGUGGGAGACUACCUUGCUGCUGGGGCCAAGUUGGUAAUCCCGGAAAUAGCCAAAGACUAUUACAAGAAUGUCAACGGUGGCAAGUUCCAAACAAUUACAUAUGACGAUGAGAAUCCUUUCAUCAAGCAAGAUAAGAAUGUCCAGUUCCUAUCUUUUUGGAAGAAUGAGAACCCACACGCAAGUGACUGGACAUGGGCUGCUGCCGCGCCGGCCUGUUCGAAGUUCAACAAUUCUGAAGUCGUCAUCAUCGAUGCGGACAUUGUGAAUCCUAGACCUGGACCCGUGAUGCGCUGGGAUACUCCACACGCCAUGCCAUUUUUCGUUGAUGCCGUUCAUCGGGGUAUUCCUCUAGAAGCAACCUUAGUUGGUGCACAUGGA